CGAUCGAAGUCGCGAAUUCGAAUUCGUACUCGAACUCGAACCUUACCUCCCCGAAUUGAACUCCUAUCUUCAGCAGUCGACCCUCCUCGGAUGGCCACUACUCUCCUUUUCCUUCAGCUCGGCGAAUCAUGAGCUCCUUAGUCUUUGUGGUGUCCUCUCUCGAGGCCAUCGCUGCAUCUAAAGAAGCACAGAGGAAUAAACAGCUCGCCGAACUUACCGAGAACGCUCUCAAGGCUAUCAAGGAAGGAGAAACUCAGCUACCCGACCCUCAAGUUGUCUUCGCGCCUUUACAAUUAGCUACUAAAACUGGAAGUAGUCAAUUGAUUAAUACCGCUCUCGACUGCAUACAGAAACUUACAUCUUCCUCGUAUUUCUCCGUAAAUGUCUCCCCAGAUGGCGCGCAGGAGGAUGCCACGGAGCAAGCUCCUAUGAUAGAUCGUGCUAUCGAUACGAUAUGCGAUUGCUUCCAGGGAGAGACCACACCCGUCGAUGUCCAACGACAUAUCGUUCAGGCGUUGCUGGCCGCCGUGUUAAAUGACAAGAUCGUCGUGCAUGGAGCUGGGUUGCUGAAGGCCGUGCGCCAGGUAUACAAUGUCUUUUUACUGUCGCGAAGCCCGGAAAAUCAGCAGGCCGCGCAAGGAACCCUGACCCAGAUGGUCGGCAUGGUAUUCGAACGGGUCAAAACGAGACUGCAUAUGAAAGAAGCUCGCAUUAAUCUAGGAAGAUUAAAGAACAGCUCUAGCAAUGUCACCGUGGAACAAGGAGAUGCCGCCGCCAACGGAAACGAUGUUGUUACCGAAGAAGAACAGGAGGCGUCCGAUGAAGUGACCGCUCAGAACCUACCGGAGCUCGCACGCUCCAAGUCAGCAAACGAAGGCGGACCUAAGUUAACGUUAAAGGACCUCGAGCACCGAAAGAGUUUUGACGAUUCGAAUCUAGGCGACGGCCCGACUAUGAUCACCCAAUUAAAGCCGCCCCAAAAGAUAGCGAGAAGGGUUUCGGAGCAAACGCAAAGCGAUACUGCUACCGAGGCGGAAGAAACCGCCGAGUCCCUUGAAGCCGAGGACGAGGUUUACAUCCGGGAUGCAUACCUCAUUUUCCGGUCUUUCUGUAACUUAUCAACCAAGGUCUUACCGCCGGACCAGCUUUACGAUUACCGAGGCCAGCAUAUGCGAUCCAAACUCAUAUCACUCCACCUCAUCCGCACCCUUUUGAAUAACCACAUGCUCGUUUUCACUUCGCCCCUUUGUACCAUCACCAACACGAAAAAUAACGAGGCGACCGGCUUCCUACAAGCCAUCAAGUUUUACCUCUGCCUUAGCAUCACUCGAAAUGGAGCCAGCUCGGUUGAUAGGGUGUUUGAGGUUUGCUGUGAAAUUUUCUGGCUGAUGUUUAAAUUCAUGCGCGCACCGUUCAAGAAAGAAAUAGAGGUGUUUCUCAACGAGAUAUAUCUAGCGCUUUUAGCGAGAAGGACAGCGCCGCCCUCUCAAAAGCUCUAUUUCAUCAACAUACUCACCAGGCUCUGCGGCGACCCUCGAGGGUUGGUAGAAACAUAUCUCAACUACGAUUGCGACUCUCAACUCGACAAUAUCUUCCAAACCAUUAUAGAAGAUCUUUCGAAGCUCGCGAUCAACCCCGUAUCUAUCACUCCCGUCCAGGAACAACUGUAUGAGGAGAAGAACUCAAAUCCAAACGCUGGCUCGGAUUGGCAACUAAAAGGGGUCUUACCACCACCUCUAAACGUGAGAGAUAUCGUACCUCCCACCGAACCGGAACCUGAGAUACCGCGGGAAUAUGUCAUUAAGAGGGCAGCCUUAGAUUCUCUUGUCGAGGCAUUGCGAUCACUUGUCAAUUGGUCUGUCGUCGGCCGUCCAGAUGUCAAUGGUACGCCGCGCGAUAACGACACACGUCCGUCGGCAGAUGAUAUUCGGGAAUCCAUCGACCCCUCGGCUGCCGAUAGCAAUUCUCGCCUCGAAACGCCUUUACCUCCUUCUACCCCUGUAGUUGACGACGACCCGGCUCAGCUAGAGAAGGAGAAAGCUCGCAAAACAGCCCUGGCCAAUGCGAUCCGUCAGUUUAAUUUCAAACCGAAGAAGGGAAUUAAGCUUUUGAUACAGGAAGGGUUUAUUCCAAGUGAUAGUCCUCAGGAUAUCGCCAAGUUUCUCAUUUCUGAUGAUCGGCUUGACAAGGCACAGAUCGGCGAAUAUCUUGGUGAAGGUGAUGCAAAGAAUAUCGAGAUCAUGCAUGCUUUUGUCGACACCAUGGACUUCACCCAAAGGCGCUUCGUAGACGCCUUGCGCCAAUUUCUCCAGUCGUUCCGUCUUCCCGGAGAAGCGCAGAAGAUCGAUCGAUUCAUGUUGAAAUUUGCCAAUCGCUAUGUCAUGGGCAAUCCCAAUGCUUUUGCCAACGCGGAUACAGCCUACGUUCUGGCUUAUUCGGUAAUCUUGCUUAACACGGACUUGCACAGUAGCAAAAUAGCUAGGCGCAUGACCAAGGAAGACUUCAUCAAGAACAACAGGGGUAUUAAUGACAAUGCCGAUCUCCCAGACGAAUAUCUAAUCGGUAUUUACGAUGAGAUUGCGGGUAAUGAGAUCGUUCUUAAAAGUGAGCGCGAAGCCGCUGCGGCUGCAGGUAGCUUGCCUGCGCAGUCCUCAGGUUUCGCUGCGGGACUUGGCCAAGCUCUUUCGAAUGUUGGUCGCGAUCUCCAGCGAGAAGCAUAUGUACAACAAUCCGAGGAAAUCUCUCUUCGUUCGGAGCAACUUUUCAAGAAUCUAUUUAAGAACCAACGAAAGAAUGCCGCAAGAGCUGGAGUUAAAUUCAUCCCGGCGACAUCUUUCAGGCAUGUUGGGCCUAUGUUUGAUGUGACCUGGAUGUCCUUCUUCUCUGCUUUCUCAAACCAGAUGCAGAAGGCGCAAAACUUGGAAGUGAAUAAGUUGUGCUUAGAAGGAAUGAAGCAAGCCAUUAAGAUCGCAUGCCUUUUUGACCUCGCUACUGCGCGGGAAGCUUUCAUGUCGGCUUUGAAGAACGCCACCAACCUGAACAACCCUCAACAGAUUCUUGCCAAGAACGUGGAAGCAUUGCGAAUCAUCCUGGAAUUGGGACAAACGGAAGGUAAUUACUUGAAGGAGUCUUGGAAGGAUAUCCUUAUGUGCAUAAGUCAGCUGGACCGGUUGCAGCUUAUUACCGGCGGUGUCGACGAGGGUGCCAUCCCCGACGUAUCCAAAGCGCGUUUCAUGCCCCCUGAGAGGACAAGUACGAACGAAUCGCGUAAAUCAACAGCUUCUACCCGACGACGAAAUAGGUCCAACGCUGGAUCACGGGGCUUUUCCAUGGAAAUUGCACUUGAGAGCAGAUCGGACGAUGUCAUUAAGAGUGUAGACAGGAUUUUUAGCAGCACUGCAAAUCUGAAUGGGGAGGCCAUCGUACAUUUCGCCAAAGCCCUAACCGAGGUGAGCUGGGACGAGAUCAAGGUAUCGGGCUCCAACGACUCCCCGCGGACGUAUAGCUUGCAAAAGAUCGUAGAAAUCAGCUAUUACAACAUGACUCGUGUUCGUUUCGAAUGGACUAAUAUCUGGGCUGUUCUUGGCGAGCAUUUCAACAAGGUGGGAUGCCAUAACAAUACAGCGAUCGUGUAUUUUGCGCUCGACUCGUUGCGACAAUUGUCGAUGCGUUUCAUGGAGCUUGAAGAGCUUCCGGGUUUCAAGUUCCAAAAGGAUUUCUUAAAGCCUUUCGAGCAUGUCAUCGCCAAUUCGAGCAAUUUAACCGUCAAAGACAUGGCUUUACGUUGCCUGGUUCAGAUGAUCCAAGCGCGAGGCGAGAAUAUCCGGUCGGGUUGGAGGACCAUGUUCGGCGUCUUUACUGUCGCAGCGCGGGAUCCUAACGAGACUAUCGUCAAUUUGGCUUACGAAAACGUCACGCUAGUUUAUAAGACGCGGUUCGGCGUUGUAAUCUCCCAAGGAGCCUUCACAGAUCUAAUAGUCUGUCUCACCGAAUUCUCCAAGAACAUCAGGUUCCAGAAGAAGAGUCUGCAGGCAAUGGAGACGAUCAAAUCGAUAAUACCGAAAAUGCUCAAGACUCCGGAAUGCCCGCUAUCCCAAAAGUCCAGCCAGACACCAACAGCAGACGGAACUUCUCCGGAGUCGCCUAGCGCUCCAUCUAAACAGCAGGGCGGUACUUCGAUCGAGGAAGGCUUCUGGUUCCCGGUUUUAUUCGCAUUCCACGAUGUCCUAAUGACAGGGGAAGACUUAGAAGUAAGGUCAAAUGCCUUGAACUACUUUUUCGAGACCUUGCUCCGAUACGGUGGUGAUUUCCCGUCUGAUUUCUGGGACAUACUAUGGAGACAGCAACUAUAUCCGAUCUUCAUGGUGCUACGGUCCAGACCUGAGAUGACCAACGCUCUUAACCAUGAAGAAUUGUCUGUGUGGCUCUCAACCACUAUGAUCCAAGCACUACGUAAUAUGAUUAUCCUCUUUACACACUACUUCGAUGCCCUCGAGUACAUGUUGGAUCGCUUCCUCGAGCUGCUGGCACUUUGUAUAUGCCAAGAGAACGAUACGAUUGCUAGGAUAGGCAGCAAUUGUCUUCAACAGCUAAUCCUGCAGAAUGUGACAAAAUUUACUAGCAGUCAUUGGAACCAGAUCGUUGGUUCAUUCUGCGAGUUGUUCGAGAGGACAACAGCUUACCAACUGUUCUCGGCCACAACAAUCAAUGCCCCAUCCGCACUAUCACCGCCUCCCAACGGGCUAGGUUUCGAGGUGCCUCUUACGCCUACAAGUGACUCGCCUACAGACGAAAGGUCGCUGAAGAUUAACGGUACGGAUAAGGGUAGCAUCUCAUCUGGGAUCGAAUCUGCUUCAGGUGUCACCUCUCAAGCUUCCCAUGUCGAAGACUCUUCGCAUUCGACAAUUGGUAGCGCAGCAACCCGCCUUGAAGACUAUAAGCCUGCUUCUUCGCUCCAGCAGCAACCUGUAGUGGUAACAGCGGCCCGGCGACGCUUCUUCAACCGUAUCAUAUCUCGCUGUGUUCUACAGCUGCUCAUGAUCGAGACGGUUAAUGAACUCUUCUCUAACGAUUCAGUCUAUGCUCAGAUACCAUCUGCGGAAUUAUUGCGCCUGAUGGCGCUCCUGAAAAAAUCUUUCCUUUUCGCGAGGCGGUUUAACGAGGAUAAGGACUUACGCAUGCGCUUAUGGCGGGAAGGGUUCAUGAAGCAGCCACCAAACCUCCUAAAGCAGGAGAGUGGCUCAGCCGCGACCUAUAUCCAAAUUUUGUUUAGGAUGUUCGCCGAUACCUCGCCGUCGCGCGCAGAGAGUCGGCCCGAAGUCGAGAAGGCUCUAGUACCUCUCUGCAAAGACGUUAUUAGGGGAUACCUGGCCCUCGAAGAGGAAUCUCAGCAACGAAACAUUGUGGCGUGGCGUCCAGUUGUAGUUGACGUGCUAGAAGGGUUCUCGACAUGGCCAGAAAAGGAGUUCAGCGAGCACAUCCCUUCGUUCUAUCCCCUAGCUAUUGAGCUAUUAGGCAAGGAGCUUAGCUCUGACCUGAGGGUUGCUCUGCUCGCCGUCCUAAGGAAGGUUGGCGAAAUAGGUCUUGGAAUCAAGGGGAUGUCGGGCGGCCGACGAGAGAGUGUUGCCAGCGUCGCCAUCAGCGGUGAAGUGCCAACUACUGAGUUGGAAGUCGGUGAGGUUGGGAUGGGAGGCAUAAAAGCGUGAGAUGCGGACUGACUGUACCAAGGCGUUGAUUGCUAGUGGUUAUUCGGCAUAUCCCAAAACGCGAUGGAAACGAGGCCGUUGCGAGUUAUUGAUUUGUCAUAAAGAGGGCAUCGGAACAAAAAAAAAUAUGGACGCGAUUAAUAGAAGAAAGACUACGGUCACAUGCGGUGUUUGGUUCAGGUGGGAUGGUCUAUCAUAGACAAGCUAAACUCUUGUAUGAUAGAUAACAAUUUUGGUUUUUUUUGUUCUUUUAUAUUGUUGGUGUUCUUGCGUAUAUGUACCUAACCCAAAGCAUAGCGUAUGAGCGCGAUGUCUCAGCAAUCGUGUCUCGGAUUGUACAAAUUUAAACCCAUUUUGCCCGCGCAAGAGAAUAGGACAAGUGAGACCUCAUGCCAACCGUGUAUAUCAAGUCCUAUUUCCCUAGCUAAGGUACC